AUGGAAAACGAGAGAUACUCCAGGAGCCACAGGAACGAUCGUGAUUCGAGUGUGGAUCGUUCGCCGGAACGUGAAGGCAGUCGUCGUCGUCAUCAAAUCCGUGAUCGCGAUGGCGACUCGAAGCGUCACGAUUCAGAUCACCACCGGUCUUCAUCGAGGCACGAAGAUAGGGAGGAUGAGAGAUAUAGGACUAAAGAUAGAGAUAGAGAUAAGUCUAAGGAUAGGGAAUCUAGGAGCAAGAGGAAAGAUAGAGAGGAAGAGAAUGUGAAUAGGGAAGAGAAGAAGAAGAAAUCUAGGUUUUCUGAUGAUGUUGCUAUGGAACAUGAGAACAAGAAUAAUCAAGUAGAUGAGCGUUAUAGGGCCAUGAAUGUAGCUAGUGGCGUCGAGAAUGAGGGCGCCACGUCAUGUAGUUCUAGUGUAUUGGAAACUUCACUGGCCUCGAGUCAAACACUGCUCACUAAGGUAUCUUCAAUAUCUACAAAGGAUGAAAAUAAGGGAGUUAGUAUUGUCAGGUCUCAUGAGGUUCAUGGAAAAUCUAGUACAGAUGGAAGUUCAUCCUCAACAGCUGAUGCAUUAGCGAAAGCUAAGAGAACCUUAGAGCUUAGAAAGGGAUUGGAGGAAAAAUUUAAGAAACUUGAUUCGUUUGAUAAACUGAUUAAACUCUUCUUCUUUGCGCAGAUGAAACAGACUACCACUUCUGCUGUCUCUUCCAAUGAAGCUGUUAGAAAAGCUCAGGAGUUGGCAGCGAAUAUGAGCUUCCGACAGGAUUCCGCUGCCAAUAUUAUCUCAGGACAGGCACUCACAGAGACAUUAGCUGUUCCACAGAAACCUGCCAAGCCUCCUGUUCUGCGUGUGGAUGCACUUGGAAGGGAGAUUGAUGAACAUGGGAAUGUGAUUAGCGUGACUAAACCAAGCAGUCUUAGUACUUUAAAGGUUAACAUCAACAAACAGAAGAAAGAUGCUUUUCAGAUUCUUAAACCGCAAUUGGAAGUGAAUCCAGAAGAAAACCCCCAUUUUGAUCCAAGGAUGGGUAUUGAUAAAAACAAGAUUUUGAGACCUAAACGUAUGAGUUUUGAGUUUGUUGAGGAAGGCAAAUGGACUAGGGAUGCUGAGAGUCUGAAGUUAAAGAGUCAAUUUGGUGAAGCAAAAGCAAGAGAACUGAAGGUGAAGCAAGCCCAUCUGGCUAAGGCCAAGGAUGAUAUCAAUCCAAAUUUUAUAGAGGUAUCUGAACGUGCCCCAAGAAAAGAGAAACCCAAGGAAGUAAUCCUAGAUGUUGAGUGGUGGGAUGCAAGUGUCCUCACCAGUGGCAUAUAUGGCGACAUAGCUGAUGGUACCAUUACCUAUAACGAUCUGAAGAUAGAAAAACUCACACAUUACAUUGAGCAUCCCCGUCCCAUAGAGCCACCAGCAGAGGCAGCACCUCCACCACCUCAGCCUCUUAAACUGACAAAAAGGGAACAGAAGAAGCUGCGAACCCAGCGGCGUCUAGCCAAAGAAAAGGAGAAACAGGAGAUGAUCAGACAAGGUUUACUUGAACCACCGAAAGCAAAGGUGAAAAUGAGCAACCUGAUGAAAGUUCUUGGUUCUGAAGCAACACAAGACCCAACCAAGCUCGAAAAGGAGAUCCGCACAGCAGCUGCGGAACGUGAGCAGGCUCACGUGGACAGGAACGCUGCAAGGAAGCUUACACCUGCAGAGAAACGUGAGAAGAAAGAGAGGAAGCUCUUUGACGAUCCAACAACAACGCUGGAGACGAUAGUGUCGGUGUACAAGGUGAACAAGCUCUCGCAUCCUAAAACUCGAUUCAAGGUGGAGAUGAAUGCAAGACAGAACAGAUUGACAGGGUGUAGCGUGAUGACAGAUGAAGUGAGUGUGAUCGUGGUGGAGGGUAAUAGUAAAGUGAUAAAGAGAUAUGGGAAGGUUAUGUUGAAGCGAAUAAACUGGGAAGAGGCGGUGAAGAAGGAUGAGAAGGAAGGAGAGGAAGAAGAUGAAGACGACGAGGAGAAUGGUGGAGAGAACAACAAGUGCUGGUUGGUUUGGCAAGGAAGCGUUGCGAAACCGAGUUUUUACAGGUUUCACGUGCAAGAGUGCUUGACGGAAUCAGCUGCUAAGAAAGUUUUCGCGGAUGCUGGUGUCCCUCAUUACUGGGAUCUCGCAGUCAACUACACAGACGACUAA